CAAGUCUUCUAGACCCAUCGAUGGCCGUCGCCUCGACGCCGCUCGUCGCGGCACCAUCGUGCCCGGCCUGGGCGAAGCAUUGUCGCGGGCGCCAGCCGCAGUUCGACGGCAAGCCGUGCGAGCCUGCUAAGGAGGAGGACAUGUGGCUGUGCCUGGCCGACGGCCGCGCGCGCAGCACCGCCGACCUGAAGCGCCUGGCGACAGCCGCUCGGGUGCGAGCGAAACGAGCAAGAGAUGCAGCCGCCGCGAACACGCGCGAUCGGCUGGCGCGCGACCAGCGCCGCCGGCAGCGUGAGCAGCACGACCGGCGCGCAGCGCCGGCGGUCGCCAAGACCGUGCGCCCACAACGCGGCCAGUGCGGCUGCCCGGCGCACGCGGUGUGCGGCAUGUGCGUCGACCAGGGCAAGCUCGCCGCGGCCGAGCAGGCGGCCAUCGACCUGGAGACGCGCUUCCACGCCUCGACGAACGUCGUCAUGGACCUGGAGCGGCCCGAGGACGAGACGGCGGCGCUGCUGCAGCGCUGCGUGCACGUCUCCGACGAGACGAAGCGGCGGCUGCUGGGCGAGUGGAGCGACGAGCGCAUGGCGCACGCGCUGCCGCUGCACGCAUGCGCCUCGUGCGGCGUGCGGGACCCGUCGCUGACGUACACGCGGGUUGACGUGUCGGCGCUCGCGCGGCGUACUUUGCGGGCGAGCUUGCCAAGCGAAGCGCAAAGGACGGACGCAAACGGCGCCGUGGCGCCGGCGCCGCGAGCGCAAGAAAGAAGCAGGCCGCACCCACAGCCCGGUCGCCCGCCGACGCGAGUGACGGAGAGGGUGACGAGCAGAUGCGCGACGCAUCAGACGCGCAGGAUGACGGUGCAAGCAUGUCCGAGGGUGAGUAAAAGUGUGAGGUUUGGUGGAGGCUGUAGCGUCGUCGCGCGUAAGAAGCGUGGUGAAAUUUAGAAAAGGAGUUGCGGUGUUGAUCGCCGCGGGAGCCCUCUUAUAAA